AGGAGAAGUAAGAGAAACAUACUGUGAUGUCCUCUUUUAUCUCACAGGAAUUUUUGUUUGCUCUCGAUUUUGUUCUGGGUUGAUUUUUCUCAUUUCGUGUUUGAUUGUGUGUGCUGUCCUCGUAUCAGAAGUCUUAUCAAAACAAGGUGUAUGGAGAGAAGAAGAAAAAAAAAGAAGAUGGAACGAAAAGAAUUUAGAAAUUAUUGUUAAAUUAUUUAGUGACAAAUGACAUAAAACGCUGAUUUAAGAUUUAAGUUUGUUUGGUCCUUUUUUUAUUGAAAAACUUUUGGUUUCGCCAAAAGUUAAAGGUAAAAAAAAUGGAUGACCAAGUAUCAAAAUUCAAGGAAAAAUCAUUUCAUUCACGAAGGAUUCGCCAAUCGAGCCAAAACUCACGGACAAUCUAAGGAUUAUUUUAAUUUUAUUGAAUUAAACAACGGACCAAAAAUAAACACACAUUAAAUAAUGCAGUUCUGAAGUAAUUUUGAUGAAAAAAAAAACAUACAAAUUUAAAACAGAUUUAUUCGCGAGAUAAAUAAUCGAAUAUAAAACGAAUAUUAAACGAAUAUUAAAAUAAAUUGCAUCGCAAAGCCUACGAUUCAUGCACAACAGUACUCGUCGAAUAAAUGAUGAGGCCAAAUUUCCAUUUGAGAAGUAAUAAAUAAGAAAAUAAAAAAGAAAUCGAAUAAUUGAUAUAAAACAUGAUGCCUACAUAAUUGAAUGCAAACAAUAUCGAAUUAAUUUACACCUAAUGAAUUUGAGUGACCGGAAUUUGUGGUAACCCAAACGAUUUACGAUAGAAAAACUAUGUCUUUAUCAUCUGAAAAGAUUUACAAACGAAAACCAUCGAUUAUAGUGCGUCAGCAAUUAUUACAAGUUUUGUUGAGGAAAUACAUAAAAAAGGUUUAUUUUGGUGUGUUAAACGAAAAGAGAACAAAGCAACAAAAACAACAACACCAACAACAAACAAACGAAUCCAAAUUCGGUGAUCGUCAAUUAUUACGCCAAGAAUAUUACAAUGACAUAUAUGAGUGCCUAAUAAACUAUUGCAAACUAAACAACAUAGCAAGUGCUCGACUAACGGAAACACUCGAUCGAUUUACCACAUUCACCAGUCGUCGUGAAUUUAUUGAAUCAAUAAAAAAGAAACGAACCAAUAAGACACAGAAAACACUAUUAACUACAACCGUAACACCAACAAUAAAAGCAACGGCCAAAAAUGACGACGGUGCCGAAAGCAAUAAAGGUGAAUUUUCAAGAUGCAGUAUGACAGUCACACGAUCAAGCGAAAAAACUUUUGACGAAAAUGAAGAAAUCGGCUGGGGAAAAAGGGUACAAGUGGAAUUAAAAAGAGAAUUGGGAGCAUCAUUUGGCGUAUGCAUUGUUGGCGGAACGGUCAAUAUAUCCAAUGAUGCACAGCAAAUUUCAGGAAUUUUCAUUAAAAAUAUUAUCAAAUCAAGUCCGGCCGAAUUAUGUAAGCAGAUUAAAGUUGGUGAUAGAAUUUUAGCUGUAAACGAUAAUGAUGUGCGUAAAGCAACACAAGAACAAGCAAUAAAUUUAAUUAAAAAUGCCGGCUGCACCAUCAAACUAGAUAUACAAAGCUUUGAUUUAUCGAACAUACCAAAUAAGACGACAAUGAAUAAAUCAGUAGAUGUAAGUAAUGAGAAAACGCCUUACGAAACAUCCAUACAGAAUAACGAUGUACAAAAUUCAACUACAACGAAAAGUAGUGAAGGCGAGUCAUCGAACGACGAUGAUGAUUCUGAGGAAGAAGAUUCUUUGGGCAAAGUUGUAACGAAAGCUGGCAAAGAAAUCGAUCGAAAAUCAGCCGGCAAUGUAAAACGAUCAAAGGAAGAGUCUAAAGCGGACGAAGAACCGGAAAAUGAGUUUGGAUAUACAGACAAAAAAAUUAAAAAACGCUAUGGAAGUUUGGGAACCGUCAUUCGUGUUAAGGUGAAUCGAUCGAAUAAUAACAUGGGAAUCGCAUUGGCUGGACAUCGAAAUCGAAAUGAAAUGGGCUGCUUUAUAGCUGGCCUGAAUCCAAAAGGUUCGGCCAGUUCACAGAAUCUCCAAGUCGGCGACGAAAUUUUAGAAAUUAACGGAAUAGUCGUACACAAAAUGUGCCAUUUAAAUGCGUCAGUUUUAAUCAAAGGAAUACCAGGAACAACACUUGAAUUUCUCGUAUUGCGCAAGGAGUCCGCAUUGGAUACAAUUGCCGUUAAAGCGGUCACCACUUUUCCAGCUGCCUUUGAUCAGCUUGAUCAUUUACAUUCGUGCUAUAAGAAUGUACGCACUGUGAGCAUUCAAAAGAGUGGACCAAGUCUAGGAAUAAUGAUUAUUGAAGGAAAACAUUCGGAAUUGGGCCAAGGUAUUUUCAUUUCAGACAUUCAGGAUGGCUCAAAUGCCGAUAAGGCUGGAUUAUUGAUUGGAGAAAUGAUAUUAGCCGUCAAUAAAGAUCUUUUGGUAGAUUGUAAUUAUGAUUCGGCCGCGUCUCUAUUGAAACGAGCUGAAGGUAUUGUAACACUUAUUGUGUGCAAUCCGAAUAAAAAGGAUGAUAAGAAAGACGAAAAGAAAGAUGAACCAGCAAAGACACCAACAUCUGAGAAAAAAGGUGCAGACAAACCAGAGAAACCAAAAGAUGAUAAACCAGCUGAUCCAUCCAAAGCGACAAUUCAACCGAAUAAGGAUACUGUAAUCGAAAUAAAUGCCGGCGGAAAACCACUUGGAUUGGACAUAGUGGGCGGUAAAAUGUAUACGCCACCAGUUAAUGGUGCUUAUAUAGUGAAUGUUAAGCCAACUUUUGCUGCCGAUCUUGAUAAAAGACUUCAACGACUUGAUAAAAUCACCGAAAUCGAAGGCACAAAAAUCACAGCCGAAAUGACAGAGUAUGAUCUCAAGAAAUUAUUCAAACGGUGCUAUUUACAGGUGAAAAUGACAGUUUAUCGUAAUGAACCAUCAAGCACAGAAGUUACAAUUGAAAUUGGAAAUCGCAAGGGAUUUGGAUUCAAUUACAAGCAUUGUCCUGGUCACGGUAUUAUGGUGACUGAUAUCACCCCCGGAAGUUCAGCUGCUUUGGAUGGUAGACUAACACCUGGUGAUAUGAUUACAUGCAUAAAUGGUGAAAAUAUCCAAGCUGAGAGUUUAACAGAUACUAUUAUCUUGAUUAAAACAUCACAAAGCAAAUUAACACUCAAAGUAUCACGUCCAGCCCAGAAGUAGUGCAUUCUAGUUACUAAUAAAAGAUAUGAAGAAAGAGAGAUAGUUAUGAAGAGAUCGAAACCAAACGAGAGAUAUUCAUUUAUUAGAUUAUGAUAAUGAUAUUAGCUGAUUAGAUACAGUGAAACCAUACCCUGUAAAAUUCAUUUCACGUACACAAACACACACAAAAAAAAAAACAAUUAUUCAACGAAACAGCAAAAAAAUCUCAGACAUUUGGCGAUCUCGUUGAAUUUGUGCUGAAAAUUAUAUUGCAUUUUAUAACCAUUAUACCUCAUAGAAUUCAUUGUGUACAAAACAAAGGAAGAAUGAGAAAAACUCAUAGUAAAUGAAACAAAGAUUUGAAUUUACAAAAUGUACGGCUUUGUCUUUUGUGGCUUUAAUUCAAGUUCCUUUCAUUUUCACACAUAUUCAAUUUAUGUUGUUGACUUUUCUUGGUUCUAUUUUUUUUAAAGAAAAUUGAUUGUUUUUAUCGUUCUCUCAUAUUCGAAGAUAAACUUUGCCUUUUAUUUGUUGCACCAUUUUCUUUCGAAAUUAGUAGAAAAUAAGAAAAAAAAACAUGAAACAAAACAAUUUGAUCAAUUUAAUCGUCUUGAAAUAAUCAAAGUAGUUCUACGUACCUGUGCAUAAAUGCAUUAAAUAUAAUUAUCAAAAUUUAUUAUUAUUAUUAGAUAAAAAAGAAAUAAAAAAAUGAGUAUUUAUCGAGAAUUUUCGAUCAAUUAGUCAAAAACUAACGGGCGUCACAUUAUCAAUGACACUUAACUUCAUUCACAAUGUACACGCGAAAUUUACUGUGCUCAAGACCAAUUAUAUCACGGUGUACGUUCAAAAAAAACAUCUCUGUGAUUAAUCAAUGUUAUUUUGUGUGCCAGUCGUUUUUUCUUUACUUUUAAUUCGAUAAAAAAAAACCAUAUUAAAUAAACACAGAGAGAUAGAGAGAGAGAAUAAAAUAAAACUAACGUGUAUGGAUUGUGUUAUUUCGCACAUUGUGUGUUUGCGUCAUUGAUGACGUCACGCAUUAAACGUUAGUAUACUACUUCCCAUAAUUAUACAUAUAUGAUAUAGUGAUUCAAUCUUCUCAUUAUAUAGAGUAUGAAACAAACAAAUUAUUUCCAAAUCAAAGAAAUGUAAUGCAUCAAAAUGAUUUUACAAAUUUAUUAUUAUAUAAGAAACUCGCACUUUCCCACAUAUAUAGUAUAAUUCUUCCAAACAAUUUCCAAAACAAAAAGAAACAAAUAAUAAAAAAAAAA